UAUUUCCCCUGUCUGUAAUCCGGGCGCGCGCGCAGCAGCUGAUCCACAGCUGAGUGACCCACGGACUUGAUGCUCCGCAGAACCGCCGUGAAACCGCGGGAUUAUCCUCCUCUUCCUCCUCUGUCUUCAUCACCACAGCCUCCUCCUCCUCCUCCUUCAGCGUUUUAAACUUGUUUCUUGUUUCUCUCCGGGUCCGGAGCAGGAGUGGCCUGGGAAUAAACCGCGGGUCGCGAUCCGAACCGAACCGAACCGAACCGAACCGAACAACUGUCCAAGAGCGCACGGCUUUACCCGACUCUUACUGUUGUUUCGGGGAACGGAGAAAAGAAACAGUUAGAGAGAGAGAGAGAGGGAGAGAGAGAGAGAGAGAGAGAGAGGGAGAGAGAGACACAGAGAGAGAGAGAGAGACACAGAGAGAGAGAGAGAGACAGACAGACGGACAGAGAGACAGACAGACAGAGAGACAGACAGAGGGGAUGGAGGAGCAGUCGCGGCUGAUGCACCCUCACGCAGUGGGCUUGGCUGGUCACCCGGGCCUCACACACCGUCCCCCGGACGUCACCACGGGAAACGACGGAGACUCGAGGAAACAGGACAUCGGAGACAUUUUACAACAAAUUAUGACCAUAACGGAUCAAAGUCUGGAUGAAGCUCAAGCCAGGAAACACGCUCUGAACUGUCACCGCAUGAAACCUGCGCUCUUCAACGUGCUGUGUGAAAUUAAAGAGAAAACAGUGUUGAGUAUUCGUGGUGCGCAGGAUGAGGAGCCUCCUGAUCCUCAGCUCAUGCGACUGGACAACAUGCUCUUAGCGGAGGGCGUGUCCGGACCCGAGAAAGGAGGCGGGGCUUCGGCGGUCGCCGCGGCCGCCGCGGCCGCAGUGGGAGGGACCGGAAACGACAACUCGGUAGAACAUUCAGACUACAGAGCCAAACUGUCUCAGAUACGACAGAUCUAUCACACGGAGCUGGAGAAAUAUGAACAGGCGUGUAAUGAGUUUACGACUCACGUGAUGAACCUGUUGAGAGAACAGUCUCGCACACGUCCCAUUUCACCCAAAGAGAUCGAGCGCAUGGUCAGCAUCAUCCACCGCAAAUUCAGCUCCAUACAGAUGCAGCUCAAACAGAGCACGUGCGAAGCCGUCAUGAUCCUGCGCUCACGCUUCCUCGACGCCAGGCGAAAGCGACGGAACUUUAACAAACAGGCCACAGAGAUCCUAAACGAGUAUUUUUACUCACACCUCAGUAACCCAUAUCCCAGUGAGGAAGCGAAGGAGGAACUGGCCAAGAAAUGUUCCAUCACCGUCUCCCAGGUGUCGAAUUGGUUUGGGAACAAACGGAUCAGAUACAAGAAGAACAUUGGAAAAUUCCAGGAGGAAGCGAACAUGUACGCUGCCAGAACAGCCGUGAACGCAGCCAGUGCUUCUGCUCAGGGCAGCCAGGCCAACUCGCCCUCCACGCCUAACUCCGCCGGUUCUGCUGCAUCUUUUAACAUGUCUCACUCCGGCGAUUUGUUCAUGAGCGUUCAGUCUCUGAAUGGGGACUCGUACCCGGCGCCGCAGGUGGGCGCUAACAUACAGUCACAGGUGGAUACACUUCGCCAUGUUAUCAGUCAGGCAGGAGGAUACACUGACGCUCUCGCUGCCACUCAGCUCUACAGUCCACAAGGCAUCAACGCGAACGGAGUUUGGCAGGACGCACCGACUCCAUCGUCUGUAACUUCACCUACAGAAGGACCAGGAAGUGUUCAGUCUGACACGUCUAACUAAAACACACACACACACACACACACUACACACACUACACACCUUCACACCACCUCUCUCUCUCUCUAUCUCUCUCUCUCUUUCUCUUACCAUAGCAGAACAGUUGAAAUAAAAAAAAAAAGAAGAAAAAAAAAGAAGAAAGAAAAACGUACAGAUGUUUUUUCCUCGUCUCGGAGCGUUCGCUCGGAUGUUUAGUGACCGAACAAAUCCUGAUCACAGACCCUUAUUGUUCACUUUUAUUUCUUUAUUCUACCUCUGAGAGAGAAAAAAAAAAACAGUUCAUACGAAAUUAAACAGAGCAAUCUUCAGUUUCUAAAAAGGAACUUUCUGUUGUGUCCCCAGUGGAAAUGUUUUUAUUUAUCGGUACGUCGCGUCGUUCUGCUUCACUUUUCCUGUCGCUUGCAUACGGAAUGUUACUGAUUUCCAUGUUUAAAGAGAAAUGUGAAGAAACAGAAUCCUUGUUUUUUUUUUUCUAAAUACUGAUUACAUAAUUUAUAUAUAACGGAUUCAUGAAUAUAUUUUAUGCCCCUGAGAAAAACGAUCAAAUUGAAUCCUUUUAAUCGUUCGCUCUGUUAAUUCCGUCAGAAUAAAGAUCUGGUUUGUCGUCA